AUGAAUGGAGACUUUGUAAUUGGAGGGAUUUUUACUAUUCAUUACUAUACUAAAUCAGAACAAAUGACUUACACCAGGCUGCCAUCACAGCUCCAGUGCUCUGGGAGCAUGGAUUUCAGAGAACUGCGCUUUGCCCGUGCUUUGGAGUUCACCAUCCAUGAGAUCAACAAAAGAACCGAUCUCCUACCAAACAUCACUUUAGGAUACCAGAUAUAUGAUUCUUGCUCCACUGUGCCAAUGGCCAUCAAAGUUGCAUUUCAGCUUGCAAACGGUUUGGGGACGGAUUUCAAUAACACGAAUUCCUGUUCAAAAUCAUCCAUGGCUGCUGUAACUGCUGUCAUAGGAGAUUCUGCUUCAACACCAUCAAUCAGUAUAGCCAGAAUGCUCGGUCUUUUUGGAAUUCCCCAGGUGAGUCAUUAUGCAACCUGUGCCUGUCUGAGUGAUAAGCAUCAGUAUCCUGCCUUCUUUAGGACCAUUCCUAGUGACCACCACCAAGCAGCCGCACUUGCAAGACUGGUCAAACAUUUCGGAUGGACGUGGAUUGGAGCCGUGCGCAGCGACACAGAUUAUGGAAAUUACGGAAUGGCAUCAUUCCUAAAAGCUGCCCAAGAGGAAGGUAUAUGUGUGGAGUAUUCUGAAGUCUAUUACCGGACACAGUCAGCCAGUAAAUUGGAGAGAGUUGCAAAUGUAAUCCGCAGAUCAACAGCCCGGGUUCUAGUUGCAUUCAUGCACACAGGGGAGAUGAGGUUUCUCUUAGAAGAACUGGCACGACAACCACCACCUCCGAUUCAGUGGAUUGGGAGCGAAACGUGGAUCAUAGAUCCUGAUUUUCUGCGGUAUAACAUAUGUGCCGGUGCUAUAGGGUUUGGUGUUCCCCGGUCGGUCAUUCCUGGUCUUCGUGAGUUUCUUUUAGACCUCACUCCAGCCCAAGCACUGAAAUCACCUCUGUUAAAAGAAUUUUGGGAAAGCUCAUUUAACUGUUACCUUAAAGAGCAAACAGACAUGAUAGAAGGCUUGCGAAAUUGUAACGGCAGUGAAGACAUUCACACGCUCCAGAACCCAUAUUUGGACACGUCUCAACUACGUGUCACUAACAUGGUGUACAAAGCGACAUACGCCAUAGCGUAUGCCAUUCAUGAACUUAUCUGCAAUCGCUCACAGUGUGACAAGAAUAUUACAUUUACACCAUGGCAGAUGCUCAAUCAGCUCAAACAAGUGAACUUCACCACAAAAAAUGGCUUCCAGGUCUCAUUUGAUUCUAAUGGAGACCCCCCAGCUGUCUAUGAACUUAUAAACUGGCAGUUUAAGACGGAUGGGAAUUUGGAUUUUGUGACAGUGGGUCAGUAUGACUCAUCCAGACCAAGAGGACAGGAGUUCAGAAUGAGCAAAAAUAUCAGCUGGGGUGGAGGACAGAAAGAGGUACCAGUGUCUGUGUGCAGUGAGAGCUGCCCCCCAGGCACCAGGAAAGCGGUACAGAAGCGGAGGCCUGUUUGCUGUUUUGACUGUAUACCCUGUGCUGAAGGCGAGAUCAGUAACAGCACAGACUCGUUGGAUUGUAUUCGCUGCCCCCCUGAGUUUUGGCCCAACCUGAAACGAGAGAGCUGCCUUCCCAAACCUGUUGAGUUCCUCUCCUGGGACGACACUCUCAGCAUCAUCCUAACAGUGUUCUCCAUCGGUGGGGCCUUCAUGGCUGUUUGUGUAGCUGCAGUCUUUUACAAGCACAGGGCGUCUCCUAUAGUCAGGGCAAACAACUCUGAACUGAGUUUCCUGCUGCUCUUCUCACUGACCCUGUGUUUCCUUUGUUCACUAACAUUCAUUGGUCAGCCCUCUGAGUGGUCCUGUAUGCUGCGCCACACAGCGUUUGGGAUCACUUUUGUGCUUUGCAUUUCUUGUGUUCUGGGGAAAACUUUAGUCGUGCUAAUGGCUUUCAGGGCUACACUUCCAGGUAGCAAUGUCAUGAAAUGGUUUGGGCCUCCACAACAGAGACUUAGUGUUCUUGUGUUCACUCUUGUGCAGGUUCUUAUUUGUGUUCUGUGGUUGAAAAUAUCCCCUCCUUUCCCCUUUAAAAAUUUAAAACACUACAAGGAAAGAAUAAUCUUGGAAUGUGGUUUAGGUUCUGUUAUAGGUUUCUGGGCUGUGCUGGGUUAUAUAGGAGUUCUGGCUCUUUUAUGUUUUAUUUUGGCUUUUCUGGCAAGGAAGUUGCCUGACAAUUUCAAUGAAGCCAAAUUUAUCACAUUCAGCAUGCUGAUAUUCUGUGCAGUUUGGAUCACCUUUAUUCCAGCUUAUGUCAGCUCUCCUGGAAAAUUCACUGUAGCUGUGGAGAUCUUUGCCAUUCUGGCUUCAAGUUUUGGUUUAACUAUUUGUAUUUUCGCUCCUAAAUGUUUCAUUAUCAUUUUUAGGCCUGAGGAGAAUACCAAGAAGCACCUUAUGGGUAAAGUGCCCUCUAAAGCUCUUUGA